GAAGCGAGCACGACACCGGAAAUGGAGCCCCAAAAAAAUAAACUGAACCGUCAAAACAUAAACAGAGCAGUCAACCUAGUGUGAACGCAGUUAGCUUCCUUUACUGACUGUCUUUUACAACAACAACAAACAAGCUGUAAGCACGCAUUCCUAAUGUCGUGUAUCUGCGGCCAAAGAACUCCGAGCCGAGGCAUCCAAGUUAGCUCAAUUGCAAAGUAGACAGGUGGAGAAAAUAAAUCUGCAAUAAAGAUCAGGACUAAACUAAGAAGCACGCCUCGUCGGGCCUUCGAGUAGAGGUAACGCGAGCUAUGCUAGUUAGCCACGGCAAGCGACGCUAGCUGCUUGUUCGCGGUGUUGACCGUCUGUUCGGUUGUUGAGCAAAACAUAUUCGGCUUCAAUGUCGGUUCGCCUUCCGCUGGCUGGCUAGCGUGUGCUCACGGUGACAACAGCGUCGGGCAGUCGAGCACCGCAGAGGACGCGCUCAAGCCUCACAAAGCAAAACACGGCAUUAGUCGGGCCUGUGAGAGCGCGACCGGGCGAGUUCUCCCCUCAGGUCGACGGAGGACAAAGGAGACAUCAUGUCUGAGGCCGACGAGAAAUCCACUGCGCUCAACGGUGGCUCUGAAGAAAAAGAGCCAGAAGAAGAUCAACACAAGGAGACAGAUGCCUCUGGAAGCAAAGAGGGACCAACACAGUCUUCUUCUCAAGAUGCUCCCAAAGACACAGGAGAGGCAUCUGGAGACAAGUCAAUGCCAGACGUGGAUGGAGAGAUGGGUCGAAACCGAGAGGGAGAGGAGGAGGAAGAAGACACAGACAGCAUGGAUGGCAGCGGUCAUUACUCCUUGACUGAGGAUGGCGAAAGAGAGAGCGAGGGAGGCAGACAGGAGAGAGCAAAGGUUAAAGAUGGUGGGAAAAGGGCUGCUAGAAAGAGGAACAGACCUGGCGGCGGCACCAAUCACUCCACCAGCUCGGAUGAGGAUGAAGACGAGGAAGAAGAAGAACAGAAAGAUGACGAUGAUGACGACGAUGAUGAUGAGGCGAUGGAGGCCUGGCUGGGAGCAGAGCUCUGUGACCUGCGUGGCUCCACGUGGCAGGCGAUACCGUCACUGCGCUCCAGGGAGCUCGGCAGGGACUCGCACCAGUUUGUGAGGCGUGUGUGUGGAUCCCGUGGCCUCGUGCAGAGGCUGGAGCUCCAGGGCCGGCUCGAAAGGCACACGGGCUGCGUCAACACGUUGCACUUCAACCCCUCGGGCACACGCCUGGCUUCAGGCAGCGAUGACCUGCGAGUGGUGAUCUGGGACUGGGCUGUCCGCCGUGCUGAGCUGGAGUUUGACAGUGGCCACAAGAGCAAUGUCUUUCAGGCAAAGUUCCUGCCUCACAGUGGAGACUCCACACUGGCCAUGUGUGCUCGAGAUGGUCAGAUCAGAGUGGCUGAGCUGUCGGCCACACAGCGCUGCAAGAACACCAAACGGGUCGCACAGCACAAAGGGGCGGCACACAAGCUUGCCCUCGAGCCAGAUUCCCCCUGCUCCUUUCUGUCCGCUGGAGAGGAUGCUGUGGUGUUUGGUAUUGACCUGCGUCUGGACCGUCCGGCCAAUAAACUGGUGGUUGUAAAGGAAGGUGAUAAAAAAGUGGGCCUGUACACCAUCUUUGUCAACCCAGCAAAGACACAACACUUUGCUGUGGGCGGAAGAGAUCAGUAUGUGAGGAUCUAUGACCAGAGGAAGAUCAAUGAGAACGAUAACAAUGGUGUGCUGAAAAAGUUUUGUCCUUCACAUCUGGUAUCCAGCGAGUCCAAAACCAACAUAACCUGCCUUGUGUACAGUCACGAUGGCACAGAGCUCCUGGUCAGUUACAAUGAUGAGGACAUCUACCUGUUUGACUCCAACCACAGUGAUGGGGCAGACUAUCGCAGGAGAUACAAGGGACACCGCAAUAAUGCAACAGUGAAGGGGGUGAACUUCUAUGGGCCGUGCAGUGAGUUUGUGGUCAGUGGAAGUGACUGCGGACACAUCUAUCUGUGGGACAAGUACUCUGCUCGCAUCGUCCAAUUCAUGGAGGGAGACAGGGGAGGAGUGGUGAACUGUUUGGAGCCACAUCCCCAUCUUCCAGGUCUGGCCACCAGUGGGCUGGACCACGACAUCAAACUGUGGGCCCCCACAGCUGAAAGCCCCACAGGACUCAAGGGUCUAAAAGAGGUGAUGAAGAAAAACAAGCGGGAGCGCGAUGAAGACAGUGUGCGCCAUGGAGACCAGUACGACACCCAGCUGCUGUGGUUCCUGAUGAGACACAUGAGGAACAGACGGCCUCAGAGGGCCCGCCGAGAGGGUGCAGACACAGACACAGACGAGUCCUGGAGCUCUCCAGAUUCCUCUGAUGAAGAGGAAGGAGGUCCAGACCACGUUCAGUGCAUGUCCUCCUGAGCAACACGCAUACAUACAUGCAUACACUUUAUUGCCCUUGAAUUGAUGCACAUAUGCACUAUUGACACACUGGCAAACUCAAACACUGACGAGCCACAGACUUGUUUUCUUUUUUUCUUUUUACACGCAUACAAACUCACACAUAAUUACACACACUUUUGAAGCAGAGUGACAGCUUUACGGCUGGUUUUCCAUCAGUUGCGAGUGUGCAAAUGACAACUACACACUGCAUACACACUUCCAGAAUCCUGAUUUUUAAAAUUGUUUAGUGGGGUUUAGUGAGUGCUUGUGCGUACAUUAUCUCUAUGCGCUGUCUAGCCCCAGAACAAUAUAUAUGUGUGUGUGUGUGUGUGUGUAUGGCAACCAGCACCUCCUCUUUAGGCACCCUGUAGGACGCUACACAUCACCAGCACACAAUUCCCCCCUCUCUUAGUGACGCACCUCUUGCUCUUGCGCUCUCUGUGUUGAUGAAUGGAGUUUCAGCAGGGAGUAAGGUCUUAGAAUCAUACCAUCAAACCAUCCCCUAAAUGUGACUUCCUUUAAGAUUUGAACUCGUAGGGGGAAACCUGUGUCCCCUCCCUGGAUCGCCCCAGUCUCCUACUUAUUUCUUGCCCUGAGCUUGUGCAGCUAGUUGCAUUUUUCACACGUUUUCUCUCCAAGGACUACUAAAUCCCUACAUGCUGCCCUCAAGCUAGUCCCUCCCCUCUUCUUUCCAUCACCCUCCCCCUCACUACUGAGUGCACUUUGAAUCAGGGACUAGUUGAGACACAGACAAAAUGUGCACUGGGUGUGUGAUUUUUGGGGGAAGAGCUGUUGUAUCCUUCAUUGGAGACCUCACAGUGAAGUUUGGUUAAUUGUUAUUGAUUUAUUAUUUUGAGUGAGGAGAUAUUUUGCACUUAAGCAUUUCUUUGACUGAGAAAAAAGAGGUUUCUUUUGCUUCCAGCGGCCCUUCCUCCCCCUCCUCGAUUCUCCAUCUUUGACAGGAGAUCUUGGCUGGUGUUCAGCAUGUACAUAGGAUAAUGCCUGAGGUGGGGCUCUGUUUGGGGAACACCAACCCAAUGCUAACACUGCCGAUGUGCUAAUUGAAAUUGGAGUAAUAACCAUGUGGUUCCUGAAAAUGCCUCUGUGAUGCUAACGGUCUCAAAUCAAUUGUUGAAAGACGUCUUUCAAACAAACAUUUGAACUCCACAACUCAAAGAGGAGGAAUGGAGGGGGGAGGUCAAUAUGCUUGCCAGUCAUUUGUUGUGUGAGAGCGAUAAAAUCCAGCUUUUCUCAUUUUCUAUGAGAACUCUAGUUAGUUGAAUUUAUAUGUACAUAUAUAAAUAUAUAUUAAAACUGUAAAAACAACUUUAGCAAAUGCUGUUUGAAUUCAAAAAGAAAAAAUAAGAUGUCAAAACAUUUUAUUGGUAUUGAUGCAGAGGUUUAUAUUCUAUGAGGACAAAGUACUUGAGGAAAAAAGUUGACUUGAGGCACCAUUUUUCGUCAGUUUUUCCUUUUUAUGAAUGCCUGUUAUGAGCAGAAUAGCUGUAGAGUAUUAAAGUUAUUCGCUUUCUGUUUCAAGAAAAGAAAAGUUUCCUUUCUAGAUCUUCAUUCAUCAUUUGAGACGGUUAUAUCCAGAUUUUCCCACUGGCUAUUUUUGGCAUCUUGUACACAAGGCAUUGAACUAUUUUUUUUUUGUCCACCACGGCCUAAAUAUUGCAUUCUACCAGUUAAGUAAUAAAAAAAACAUGUACGAUUCGUGCAAUAAACAAAAAGACAGUGCUCUUGA